AUGAAGAGCGGAGGUAAAAAAGAAGAGGUAAAAAUAGAGAGAGAAGAGCACGUGCGCGAUGUUUUCGAAAACUUCAGAACCUCGAAGAUAACCAGGGAUGACGUCGCUCGUCUCCGAUUGAAUAACAGCAGCAGCAGUAGCAUAAACAGCGACAAAAGUAGCAAUAGUUUAAAGAGCGUUGAUGAUGGAACAACAAGAACCAUCAUCGACGUGUUACGGGAGAUAUUUCUUCAACGACGAGAAGAGGAUGAGGAAGACUGUGCGAAGUUUUAUCACUUUUGUUUUCUGGCGUGUUUGAAAGGGAAAACAGAGGGAACAAACGCGACGAUUUCAGUGCACGAGGCGUGUGAACUGUGGUCGUUUCUCCUGUCGUCGACGAAGAAACAACAGCUGAGAAAGUCUUCGUCGUCGUUAUCUAUAGAAGAAGGAGGCGCUCCACCGAGGACGACGACCGCGACGACCACGAACACGCCAUCGUCCGUUUUAGCCAAAGGGAUGCUUUUACCGCGGUGGAUGAACCGUACAUUCUGUAAAUUUUGCACAGAGCGUGCGUCAUCGUCGUCGUCUCCUACUUCUUCUGUUUCUCCUAUCGUCGAUGAGAAUACAUUUUUAAGAACGCUAGACUUUGCUCGGUCGUACAGAAAAAACAACGGAUGCAUGCAGGACUGGUACGGGAAGCAACAAUGGCCGACGCUCAUAGAUGACUUCGUCUCUUCGUUAGGUCGAGAAAAAAAUACCACAAACGAGAACGAUAAAAGUGUCGGUAACGACGACGCAGAUCAGAACAGAAUGGACGAAGAGUUGGCUUCUUCUUCCUUAGCGGCAGAUGUAGCCUUUCGAAGAGGGAAAGGAGGAAGAGUUGGAAUGAAAACUGUGCACCCGAGAGGACAAAAGCGCAAAGAGCAAGAGGCGAACGUGGAAGUGCUCUCAUCCCAACUCUCCUCUGCGUUAGAAACGAAGAAACGAAAAACUGGCGGCAUUCGCUUAGACUACUUCGACUGA